AAAUUCUUCCUGUCAACUGGAAAAAAAUUGGAAAAUUCGCUACAUACGGAAGGUCUUUUCUUCAUUUUCAAGUCUAUGGUCACAAGCGCCCCAUUGCAUCACCGGGGGGCUGGGCCUGUGCCAGCGCAUGCGCACGCUGCUCAUGAAGCCGGAUCUUUUGAGUUCCCUCUGACUGGUUCCGAAUCUGGCCAUGGAUCCAAGUGCUGCCAAAGGAGAAAAGGCCACACUCUCCGAGACCAUGAGGGCAAAGAUUGAGAGGAACCGUCAGCGGGCUUUGAUGCUCAGGCAGGCUAGACUGGCGACCCGGCCCUACCCUUCUGCUGGUGAAGGCAGUUCAAAAGUUAAAGCACCUCCAAAAACGAUAGAUACAGGAGGAGGAUUUUUUCUGGAGGAGGAAGAGGAAGAAGUGAAAAAAGGACACCAAACUGAGAAAAUUGUGCAUCCCCCUGCUUAUCUUUGAUUUGUUACUUUAAACUGUGAAUAAAUAAAGAAAUGGAUGGAACCAAGCAACUACAAU